AUGGCACUUCCAGCCUCCCAGGCUAAAGCCACAGCACUGAAAAGAGGCAUUGGAACAAUGCAAGAAGCUCUGGAUGGGGUAGAUGAUAGUGGUGAGGCAAACAUACAGAAGAAGUGGAAUGACCUGAAGGCUUAUAAGACCACAAUCUCAGUGUGGGCAUGUGGGAUUACGAAUCCAAAGACCAGCAGCAUGUUAUCUCUAUUGCCACAUCAAGAAAAUCCAACCAGUGUAUCAGGCAUCUCAGUACCCACACAGUUUAUCAAAGUGACGACAAUCAGCAGUGCUACUGCCCCCCAAAAAACUCCUGAAAACUCGGACAUUGGUGAUGAUGAUGCCCAGAUAGUAGGGUCUCUGCUGGAUGAAGAUAACAGCCCUGAGCGCUUGGCAGCACAUGCCCUUAUGAGUCUGAAGAAACAGCCCAGGAGUCUGCGUACUGUGAUGGGAACAGUGGAAGUGAUUGAGGUUCAGGACAGGUCACUGACUCCACCUCUACCUCCACCUUCACAAUAUCAGUUUUGUGCUAACAAGUCUCUCUCUUCAUCUGUCAAAGGAGAGCUGCUUGAUGCUUCAAUGAUGAUGAUGAAUUAUAUUAUGAAGAUGCCAUGUUCAUUGACAGUGUUGAGACAAGCCCCAUUGCCGGAAACAAAUGUGGAUGCAUUUGAUGAUUUAGAUAUCCCUCCCAUAAAACGGGUCAAACAGGAGAUGACCUUCGAUGCUUCAGAAAUGAAAGUGACUACUGGGGAGAAGAAAGUGGCCAAUGGAGAGGUCUUGAGGAUGAAAUACAAGAACAGCGAUCUUCCCACUGGUUGCCAGGAUGGAAAUGCAUGGCAUGGCUCACUUAUUCCUACCAUUGUUCAUGCUGUGGGUGGGGACAACAUCCAUCCAUGGCUCAUUGAGGAUGACAUACUUAUUUUCAUUCUCACGAAGACUUGGAAAGUUGUCUACGCUGGGAAGCCAACACUCGUCAAUUACUCCAUAAUCCCAGGAGGUGCUAUCUACUAUGUGGCUAAGCGGCGCUUAAGUGAAUGGCGCAGUGGAUUUGAUUCUGCUGCUGUCAUGAUGAUCAUGAGCCUCAUGGCAGCUAGCCCACUCUACGAAUCUGAGGAUAGCUGCAUCGGUUUUGCGAAUUUCUGGCUUGAAGACAACAGAUUUCUCUUUGGGGAUGUCAACUUCGAUGACAAAAAGGAAUGGUCAGGGAUGUGGCAGUCCACAUUUGUCCUGCAGACUUUCGCAGCUCACCUCAACUACACCCAAGGAUGUGUACCAGUUUCAGAGCUUAACAGCGAGGAGUUGGUUCUUCGAACAGCACUUUCUCUCUCUGCAGCAGCAAUUAAAUGCACCCUCAAUCUCCUUGCAACUAAAGAGAUGACUUUUGAGAUCAAGAGCACCUCUAAGGGCAAGAAGAAGCCUUCGUACAAAGGGAAGGUGCCAGCCACAGAAGUUGAAUGGAUUGCUGUCAUUGGUGAGAACAAAAGCUUUUUGGAGCCGCUCUGGGGAUAUGACAUGCGGAUGUUCUUGACUGCCAUCAAUCAUGUUCCUGCUGAAAAGAUGAAAGCUAUUGUUGAGCUUGCUCAACAAUAUAUGAAGGCCACGAUGCGCACUGGACAAUCAAGACAGAUGGCAUGCCUGAGUAGGCUUUAA